AUGACCCAGCAUCAGAUACCAGCUAUUACUUCGCCUGACCCACAACCUACAGAGGCUCAGCCUAAGAACGAACCCAUGGAUGUGAGGGCGGCCUCUCCUGAACCACCCCUCCUCUCCCUGGAGUGCCCAGAGCUCCCUGAAGAAUCCAACCCGCCAAGCUUGAUAACCCCUGAUGGGAUCUACCUAUACCCAACUCACCCUGAUGGGUCAGACACAGCCCCUCAAGAACCGACGCAAGAACGACCACAACAAGUGCCAGAGGUGUAUGCAUCGGUCUAUUUGAACGAAGGGCGGCCCAUCUUUGAACCCAUCACCCCUGUGGGGUCUCCCAAGAGUGUGGAGGCACCACCCCCUCAGCCUAUCAUCGGCACAGCUACACCGUCGCUUGAGGACAUAAAAUGUGCCUUGGUUACGUUUAAUUCUUCCACCACGGAACCUCCAGAUUUUGAAUCCAUGAACUUUACCUUGGAACCAGCAGGCUCGGGUUUCCUGAUGUGUGAGGAAUGGAGGAAAGGUUCAGAGGGUUCGCUGUUCCACCUCUCUAACAUCAUCCUCUUCUUGGGCUUGAUGGGUGGCAGUGCCUUUUAUGGACUUCUGUACCUAUUCACCUUCCUGACUCUAGGCUUUUUCUUAUGCACCCUGUGGGCCUGGUCAGACCCCUGCACCACAGACUCCUUCCUCUGGAGUCUGGCCCAGUUCGGAGUGUGUUUGGGUCAGGCUCUAUAUAGUACCUACAGACUGAGGAGCCUCUCAUUUGACAAGGACUUCCAGGAACUUUACAACAUAAAGUUUAAGAAACUCCGUGUGCCUCUGACCCAUUUUAAGAAGAUAGUUGCUUCCAGUGAUGGAUCUGUCUACACCCUGGAGGAGGGCCAGGUCUUUGCUGUAGAAGGCAGAACCACUAUUGAUAAGCUAUCUUUGCUUCUGUGUGGCAGGGUCAGAGUGACAGUUAAUGGAGAAUUUCUGCAUUACAUCUACCCCUUCCAGUUCCUGGAUUCACCUGAGUGGGACUCUCUCAGACCCUCAGAGGAGGCUGUGUUUCAGGUGACUCUGCAUGCUGAUGAAUCCUGUCGCUAUAUAACAUGGAGAAGAAAGAAGCUCUACCUGCUUUUUGCCAAACACCGGUACAUAGCCCGGAUCUUUGCCCUGGUAGUGCGUAACGACAUUGCUGAAAAACUUUACUCUCUCAGUGAGAAGGCCUGUGAUAGUUCAGGACACCGUUACGAUCUACGGUUACCAUGUCACAUGCCAAGGACAAAAUUAGACAAGACAGAUGAUCUCCUGCAAGUGUCUGUUCAUGGGGAGGGGUCUUCCUAAACACACACAGACACACGCAGUUUGUCACCAAAACUGAUGAUGUGGAUAAAUUUGUUGGUAUCCCUUCAGUCCAGUGAAACAAUGUUUCAUUUUUUUUCUUGAAAAGUGAUUGGUUUAAAUCAGUUGUCUAAUAUAUCUUGAUGCAUGCUCAAUAAUCCAGGUAGAUACAUUUAAUAAGGUUAAAUCAGGUCCUU